UGUACCCCCAGCUGUCACUCCAUUGCUCCGUCUCUUUGCUCGCGCACACGCGCGCGCUCUCCUCCUCUCCCCUUUCUUCCCCUCUCCUAUCUGUCUCCCUCAGUCCCUCCCUCUUUCCUUCUCAGUUUGUUAUUGACCCAGCAGCCCCGUCCCCUUGGCAGCCGCGGCAGGCAUUCCUUCUCCCCCGUGCUGUGUGCUGCAAGCCAGGUCCCCGCUCCCGGUGGACUGGGGACUCGGUGCCCACUGAGCUCUGCUUGGCAGUGCUGUCUGGAUUUCUCCAGGAAUCCCAGGGGGGUCUCAUUGGACGGUUUAGAGCUACUUGAUUUAAGGAGCCUGCGGUCAGGGUGAAGAAAGCUGCUGCGGCAUGAACUCCCUGAGCUGAUGAGUCUUAUUAUAGACCAGCGGGCGGAAGACAGAGCACCGCACCUCACCUCUCCGGCGAAGGUGGAGGGGCAGCGGGAGGCCGGCCGGCGGCGCAAGCAGGGCCUGGGCCCCACGCCGGACACAGCAGCAGACUCUGCCUCCUCAGGGGCCAUGGACUGACAGGUAGCACACACCGAGGGGUUCCUCUCUCCCCAGAGGUGCAGGGCAGUGAGAGCUGUGGCAUUCACCAUGCUGGCCCGGGGCAGUGGCCCCGAGCAGAGGACCAGGCUUGCCGUGCAGUGGAGGCAGAUCUCCUGGAUCGCCUGCUGGAUCGCCCUGUGUGCUGUGGAGGCCCUCCCCGCCUGCCCCUUCUCCUGUAAGUGUGAUAGCCGCAGCCUGGAGGUGGAUUGUAGCGGCCUAGGCCUCACCAUGGUGCCCCCAGACUUGCCCGCUGCCACCCGAACCCUCUUACUCUUGAACAAUAAGCUGAGUGCCCUGCCAAGCUGGGCAUUUGCCAAUCUGUCCAGCCUGCAGCGGCUGGACCUAUCCAACAACUUCCUGGACCAGCUGCCCAGGUCCAUUUUCGGGGACCUGACGAAUCUUACGGAGCUGCAGCUGCGCAAUAACAGCAUCAGGACCCUGGACAGGGACCUGCUGCAGCACUCGCCCCUGCUGCGCCACCUGGACCUGUCCAUCAAUGGGCUGGCCCAGCUGCCCGCUGGCCUUUUCGACGGACUCCCUGCUCUGCGCUCCCUGUCACUUCGCUCCAACCGUCUGCAGAACCUGGACCGGCUGACGUUUGAACCUCUGGCAAGCCUGCAGCUGCUGCAGGUUGGGGACAACCCCUGGGAGUGUGACUGUAACCUUCGUGAUUUCAAACACUGGAUGGAGUGGUUCUCCUACCGAGGGGGGCGCCUGGACCAGCUUGCCUGCACCCUACCCAAGGAGCUGAGGGGGAAGGACAUGCGUGUGGUCCCCAUGGAGAUGUUCAACUACUGCUCCCAGUUGGAGGACGAGAAUAGCUCAGCUGGGCUGGAUAUUCCUGGGCCACCUUGCACCAAGGCCAGCCCUGAACCCGCUAAGCCCAAGCCGGGGGCUGAGCCCGAGCCAGAGCCCAGCACAGCCUGCCCCCAGAAGCAGAGGUAUCGGCCAGUGAGUGUGCGGCGGGCCAUUGGCACAGUGAUCAUCGCGGGGGUUGUUUGCGGCAUCGUCUGCAUCAUGAUGGUGGUGGCUGCUGCCUACGGCUGCAUCUAUGCCUCCCUCAUGGCCAAGUACCACCGGGAGCUCAAGAAGCGGCAGCCCCUCAUGGGGGACCCGGAGGGUGAGCAUGAAGACCAGAAGCAGAUCUCUUCUGUGGCAUGAGAGCCCGGCCCCACUUGACCUAGGGACACCGGCCCAGAGGCCUUGAAGCUCCAGCAUGUGUGGAUGGCAGCCUCCUGAGAGCCCAGGCACAUACCACUGGGCGUUUCUUCAGCGCUGUCUAAGGACAUCAUCACUGCCAGGCCCCGUGGGGACACCCACCAAUUCCACUCCUAUAGCCUGCAGCCCAAGAACCAUUGCUCUGUACCCCCCAGCCUUCCAUCUUCAGCAGCUCCGGGCCUGGGACCUCGGGGUGGGGACUGGGCCACAAAUGGUGGCAUCUUGGGAACGCAGACGGCCCUCGAGGAAGCUCACUGCCUGCCAGCAGACCCUGGGCAGACCCCAGGGGCAGGGAGGGUGGCACCUUCUGCCCAGAGGCUUUGGGCCUGGGGUUCCUUCCCCAGGGUUUUGUGUGCUCAGUCUGGCUUCCUGGAGAUUAUAAUUGCCCCUGGACGGGGCUCCAAACCAGAGCAUGGGCCGGAGUCCUGUUUGUUACCUGUAGCCUACACCAAGGGGACGGCAGGUGAGCAGAUGGCUGUGGGGGGCUUGGGGGUCACUAGUCCCCUUUUGUAGGUUGGCCCCCUCCCCUUGAGUCCAAUCUCGGAGGAGUACUAGGUCUCCCUCUGCUGGACACCCGUUUCUCAUGGCUGACUAAGAGUCAGGAGGCAUCAGGCUGGUUUCUGGUUCUAAGACAGGGUCUUGCUGGUGGCCUGGGAAGAGGCCUCCAGAACCCGGAGGCCAAGGGUCUGAGGAGGGACAGGGCAGGACCAGGCAGGCCCACCUUGCCUUGCCCCCCUCGAUCCUGCCACCUCACGAAGGACCAUGGUAGGUGAGGGGGGCUGGUGGGACAGCGGGGGCCUCAGUGCGGGCUGCUUGGCUGCUGUGGGACAUGCCUCCCUGGGGCUGGGGCAUAGUCCUCCUUCUUUUAGCUUUCCAGCUGACACUAGAUCUAGGAAUUUUCUAAAGGAAGAGGAGGGGAGGGGUGGGUAUUGUCAAUGGUGGUAGCUUCAGCUUGAGACAGAAGAUUUUUA